AUGGCACCCACAAACAAGGGUGACAAGAAGAAGGGCUGUUCUGCUAUCAGAGGUAGUGACCAGAGAAUACACCAUCAACAUCCAAAGGCACAUCCAAGGAGGGGAUUUCAAGGAGCAUUCCCCUCAGGCACCCAGAGAGAUUCAGAAAUUUGCCAUGAAGGAGAUGGGAACUCCAGAUGGAACACCAGGCUCAAUAAAGCUGUCUGGGCCAAAGCAAUAAGGAAUGUUCCAUCCAGUAUCUAUGUACAGUUAUCCAAAAAAAAUGUAAUGAAGAUGAAGAUAUUCACCAAACAGACUCUUUAUGUUGGUUACUUAUGUACCUGUCAUCACUUUCAAAAAUCUGCAGUUAAUAUGGAUGAGAACUAA